AGACUCAUACAUUCAAGGACUCAGACAUCCCCAUCGAGAAAGCAAAGACGCCCCUCGUACAUUUCUUUCCACUUUAUCAAACACAUCGGCAGUGAAGAAAAAAAAAAAAAAAAAAAGAUCCGCGCCGCGGAAUUUCUGUUGCCUGGUUGACACGUGUCCAUCACCUCUUCUCUUCAACCCUUUAUAAACCGACCGGUCGGCGAUUGGUGCGUGUGCCAAUCAUCACUGCUUCAUCGGAAGAUCCGGCUGAGUGGUCGAUCUGUCCAUCACCACUUGUUCCAUCUGGCGCUCAGCAGCGGGUGACACGUGUCCAUCACCAUUUCUUCAUCCAGAAAAAUCAUUGCGCUGUACCUUUGACACGUGUCCAGUCGAUCAUCGCUUCUUCUUCUUCUUCUUGAAAACUCUACAGCUCGUCAAUUAGCAGGCGUCCUUCACGACUUCUUCAUCCUGGGAAUACUGCCUCUCGCCAGUGGACACGUGUCCAUCAUCAUCAUCAUCAUCAUCAUAUCUUCAUCCCAAAAAAAAAAUCCUUCUGCAUGCUGGUUGACACGUGGCUAGCAUCCGAAAAAUUCUUCAUGCGUCACCAUUACCCCACCCACCUUUUUGAUCCCGAAAUCCCUCCGCUCGCCGAUUGACACGUGGCCAGGAUCACUACUUUAUCAGGAAAUCCUGCUGCUCGUCAGAUGAUGACACGUGUGGAGGGCUCGCCACAUUCAUCCAGAAAUCCGACGGGUCACCAAUUGACACGUGUCCAAUGUCCAUCACCUGUACUCCAUCCCCGUAAAUCGAAAUGCUAUCUGAUCUUUGGGUUAUACCCCUCAAAAAGGAAGGAUACAGAGAAGAUUACCCCAACCCCUGACAGAGACGGUUAGCGCGACCACAAAACCCCUACGCAAAGCCACCGUCUUCACCAGAAUAUAACGCCCGAUCUUUAAAGCCGUAUUCGGGGCCAUUUUCCGUCCAGAUGCAGCGAUAAUGACCUGGCGUUCUAUUCGGGUGAAGACGGCAGGACAUCAGAUUUGCAGGUCAUAAAAGGCCGACCAAAUUCCACGAGGGUGGUCGAUCACGCGCCCGCCAGACUGAUGUCUUCUCUCCGCAACCCCAUCUUCCCUCUCGUUCGUGGCUCCUGGCCCAUGUGGGAAGCCUGUAAUUGGUCGGUGGGCCGCAGACAAGAAAGCCGCCUUCCUGAGCGGCGGCGGAGGAGAAGAAGAGGAAGAGGAGAGGAAAGGCGGCGGCGGCGGAGGAAGAGGAGGAGGAGGACGAGAGGGGUAGGAGGAGGAGAUGGAGGAGGACCACGCUUGGCACAGCGGCGGAGGACGAGCGGGGCGGCGGCGGCGGCGGAGGAGAAGAAGAGGAAGAGGAGGAAAGGCGGCGGCGGCGGAGGAGGAGGAAAGGCGGCGGCGGCGGAGGAGGAGGAGAAGAAGAGGAAGAGGAGGGGGGAAGGCGGAGGCGGCGGCGGAGGAGGAGGACGAGCGGGGCAGGAGGAGGAGAUGGACUCCGAGGAGGACCACGCUUGGCGACAGUCUGUCAGCUCGAUGAUGAUGAUGAUGAUGAUGAUGAUGAUGAUGAUGAUGAUGAUGAUGAUAGCACAGUGCGGCCGGCCCUUUUAAACAAGCGCAAGUACAAAUCCCACGUCCAACGCAGCACCCAAUGCAUGUGGCUGAAUGAAUGACGUACACACCCUUGGAUUUCUGCAUGGGUUCGAAUCCUGAUGGGUUUAGAUGAACACGAUCAAAUAGGUCCAAGGCCGGUCAGCUUGAUGAUGAUGAGGAUAAUAGCACAGUGCGGCCGCCUUUUUUUUUUUUUCCCUUUGGUAAGGCUAAUUCCUUAAGCCCAAGCAAUUCAAUUACCUGUCGAAUCUGGACAACAAGUGCGAAUAAAGAAAGGGAAAAUAAGUAAACAAAAGCAAAUUACUAAG